CCUGUUUCAGCUGAAACUUACAAUGGUCGAUCCCAAUCGCCAGCGAAGCUUCCUCUUUUUCUACUGACACACGUACGCCUUCGAAUAUAUAUAUACAGAUUAACCCUUUGCAGUUCCGAGUCCUCUCUCGACCCUUGGACCGUUCACUCCGAGGAUCAUCAUAGAUUUUUCUGACGCUCCUACUCAAGAUGCCUCGUACCUCUUCCAAGAAGGGUUUAACUGGUUCUGCAGCCUCCACCAAUCCUGCCGCAGAUUUGUUUCGUUCUGCUUCAAGUAAAGCAGCAAGUAAGGAACUGGAACGUAUCGAUCAAUUAUUUUAUACAUAUGCCACUGCUUCGUCUGGUAUGAUUGACCCUGAAGGAAUUGAGUUUCUUUGUUCUGAUUUGGAAGUCGAACAUACUGACGUCAGGAUAUUGAUGCUUGCAUGGAAAAUGCAGUCUGAAAAACAAGGAUACUUUUCCCUGAAUGAGUGGCGGAAGGGCCUCAAAGCAUUAAGAGCUGACACAGUACAGAAAUUGAAGAAAGCACUUCCAGAACUUGAGAAGGAGGUUAGAAGGCCAUCAAAUUUUGUGGAUUUUUACUCCUAUGCAUUUCAGUACUGCUUGACAGUUUUCUUUUUUCUUCACUCUUUCCUAGAGGAGAAGCAGAAGAGCAUAGACAUUGAGAGCAUUUGUCUCCUGCUGGAUCUCGUUUUAGGGUCUCAAUUUCGACCCCAAGUUGAUGGUCUUAUUCAGUAUUUGAGGACGCAGAUUGAUUACAAGGUUAUAAACAUGGAUCAGUGGAUGGGAUUUUUUAGGUUUGUUAACGAGAUAAGUUUUCCAGACUUGAACAAUUAUGACUCGACCCUUGCUUGGCCACUGAUCCUGGAUAAUUUUGUCGAGUCAAUGAGAGCGAAGCAAGGCUAACAACACUGCUGUUCGGCAUGUUACUGUGUGCACCAAAUAAUUCAUUAAUCCGAAAGAGUCGGUCAAGUCGCACAUCAAGCCUGUGCAUACCAUUGUUCUGAAAAAUGCUAUUAUCUUUUCCCUCUCCCCCACCCUUCAGCUUGUAUGCUAAGAUAUAGAAUGAUAAGUGGAUCUAUUCUUUCAGAUAACUAUGUGUUUAACAUGAAUAGUAUAUAGAUCUAAGUUACUGUUAUUUGGUA